GCACAAGACAAUGACACAUCACAUAAGAGUAGUACACUGACAACUUAUCAUGAUGAUGAUGAUAUAAGGAUUGUAUGGUUAGGGAAUCAAAUAACUAAACCAUUCAAAUACUACAAGCAUAACAUGACUAAAACAUCGACUGAUAAAGACAUUUAUUGACCAAAGCAACUCAUUAAAUCAUAUAAAUAAUAUGCAUAAAGAGCAUCAAUUGAGUGAGUCCCUACUUGACUUUGGUGAAUAUUGAUCUACUCUAGGGCAAGCCCCUAACUCAUCACAUCCAAUCAGCAUGCAAUGUCGUCUUGCCCUAUUCGUGAUGGGAGUUCACAGACUGGAAUCUCAUUCGUGAACUUACUUUACACCUCUAUCACCAUCCUAGUCUCCCAAUUUCGGGAUAUCGUACGUGUACCCUCAUCCGUAAAGUCCAACAAUGUCUCCUCCAUCCAACCACCGAAUUCACUUGUGCCUGGUCCCACGCGUUCGUUUUCUCGCCUACUACGAUGCCAAUACUUGAACAUCAUUUGAACUAGCUCCAAACAACAUCGAAAUGACCAAAACGGCCUUAUGAGAGUUCAAAUACGCACAAAAUCAAAUAGGAAAGAAUUUGAUAUUUGAAAUAAUCAAUAUGAUAGAUGAAAGUAAUGAAAUGUCACUUAAGUAUAAGAAAGAUAAACACUUUAAUUUUGUAUCACCUGGCUUAGAUCCUUAUUCGUCGCCCAACAAAGAACAAACGGAUGUGCCUUCGAUGGCCCUCGUAGUUGGUUGAUGAUCCAUUAGCUGCUAAUCAUAUGGUUGGUGGAAAGUCAGUGGCGAAAUCAGAAAUUCAAACGCUGGAGACUAAAAAGUCUAUUUUUUGAUGGAUUUGAAUUAAUGCCUUUAGAUAAAUUACCUCGACCCGCUCCACGAUAAAUUAUUUGACCCGAACAGCUGAAUCCGACCUGCCACAAGACAGGUAUGAAUAUCGAGAUAUCCGCCCCAAACCUGUCCAUUGUCAUUACUGCUGUUGAUGUGGACAUUUUGCUCUUGGGACCAUAUCAAAUUUAACCCUUGUAGGGAAAGAGACAAAGUCAAGGUAUGACUGGCAGCUAUCAUUUAUGGAGACAACCCGCUUUACUCUACUCUGUUUCCCCAGCCGAAGCUAGAAGGAAUUGGUAAAAGCCCAGCUGAAAAGUUCAGGCUCGAAUUCUAAACCUAAACCGCCUGAGACCUUUUCCCCUGGUAUCUAAUUAAAUAUUAACUGACCCCCAUCUUGAUCAAUUCACGCUGAAGAAAUCACGGCCUAUAUGAUCCUUUUUGUAUGGGAAAAAAGAACUGCUGGAGUCGUUGAUCGUCAAUUUAUUAUUUGAAUACUUGUUAUAGGAAUCAAUUCAGAUCAAUGAUUGUACCAGUAGAAUCAUCAAAUAAUUAUAAUAGCGGUUCUUUUCAUUUUCUCGACGAUUAUUGAAGGAUUGAAUGUUUUUAAUGGUUGGACAUAAAAUCAGAUGAAUUAUCCCAGUUUGAAUGAUCCAAUGGUUCACUAUUUUUAUAAAAAUAAUUAUGAAAAAAAAUAUUAUAACAUACAGAGCGUAGCCAGAAAAUUAGUUAAGGGGGGUCCAUUUAUAAAAUAUAAAUAUAUUUAUAUUGAAAAAAGAUAUUUAUAUUUAAUUAAUAUAAUUGUUUAAAUUUAAAGUUUGAAUAAAUUUAAAUUAGACAAAUCAAUACAGGUAAUGACGGAAAAAUAAAAUAAAAAAGUUGAAUAAAAAUUGAUGUUAUCAAACAAGAAAAGUUGAAGUAAGAAGAGAAUGAGUUAAAUUUGGCUAUUAAAGAGUAAACCUUGCCUGAGAUAAGUUCAAAUAUUAAUAGUACACAAAUCAAUACAAGAAAGGAAAGAAAAUCAAAUAAAAAUUUUGAAUAAAAAUUAUUGUUAUUAAAUAAGAAAAGUUGAAAUAAGAAGGGAAUGAGUUUAAUUUGGCUAUUAAAGAACAAAACUUACGUGAGAUAAGAUUUGAACUUGGGACCUCUCAUUUAUUAAACAACAUACUAACCAUAUUAACCACUUUGAUUUCUUUGUUAUAUUUUGAAAGUCCUGGUUCUAUACCUAUUUGUUGAUUUUUCAUAUCAAGAUACGAGAAAUAUAUUGUCAUUUCCCGAACCAAGGUGGGUCCGGGGACCCACCCAAUUGUACUCUGAAUCCGCCCCUGACAUACACUAAGACCAUCCAAUCUUAAUUACUAAUUCUAUUCAUGCUUCCUCGUCUUCGUUCCUCAACAUUUUUUUGUCGAUUCUGGAUGAUUCUCUACUGAAUUCCACCAUAAUUACUAACUUAAAUUUAAUAAAGAAACUAUAAUUUAUUUUGUGAGAUAUUUUGAAUUCUGAACAUUUGUGUGAUGAAUUAUAUGAAUUUAAAAUUAUGAAAUUACUAAAGAAAAGAAAAACACACAGAUUAGUAUGCCUCUCUAGCAAGGUUGUCAACCCACGGGUUGACCCGCGGGUCGACCCAUUUUGACCAUGACCCGAUGAGAAAAACGGGCCGUACGCACCCGCCGGGUCGACCGUUACAAGGUACCGGGUUGGAGGUCAAAUCAUGUCAUUUUUUUCUUUGGUUUGCGAAAUAUGCUUAUUUUCCGAUUUUUCCUUUCGCCUAACUCAAUCUUUGGAAUCCUAAGUUGAACAUUUGAAUAUUUAUAUUAUAUAAGUGUGUGUGAAUUUUCACUAUAUGUUGGAUCUAAGUAUGAUAUGUUAUUUUGGUGUAAUAUUCUAUGUUAUAAGUCAUAUGUCAGAUAAGAUUUGAUAUAAUUUAUGAGGAUAAGUACAAUAUAAUGACUUUUUCUAUAUUUCCGGGCCAAACCGGGCUAAAACGGUUGACCCAUUAACCCUUGACCCACUAGCUCGACUGGGUCCGGGUCAACUCGCGGGUUGACAACCUUGCUCUAUAGUCUUUGCAUGCCCAGCAAAAAAUGGAAAUAAUAGCAUUUGUGGAAUUAGUACCAAAAAACCCAGAAACUGAAUAUAUAACAUUGGGUAUAUUUAACCUUGCUUUCUUCCUUCUCGGAAUUGGGUUGUCUUUGAAGGCAAACAAUUUGGGAUCCCGGCACUCAUGCGCCAGUUUCAUCAGCAGUAUGAGGAAUGGACGGACCUACCAACGGACCAGGUACCGAGGCCGCCGAUCACGAUAGUACAAUCUACAUCACCAGUGGGAGAUUCUCAUUUGGUUUGUAUGUGGGAUGGGGCUACUAAGGGGGGGUCACAUUCGGCUGGUGGGAUGGUUCUUUUUGACCCAGCGCGGACACUCCUUCUGGCUAGAGGGGUUCAGUUUACUCAAAUGGAUGAUCCUGGAGUGGUGGAGUUGCUUGUUCUGAGGGAUGCUAUUAUGUGGUGUAUCGAGCAAGGUUUGUCGGAGGUCCGUUUUGAGGGCGAUGCAAAGGUGAUUAUUGACAAACUUAAUCAAGCUGACACGAGAGAUAGCCGGUUGGGCGCUGUUCUGGAAGAGGUUGCUCAUUAUUUGCGUACUCAGCCUGGCUUUAGUGUGCGUUUUGUAGGUCGGGAAAACAAUAGGGUAGCUCAUUUGGUAGCUAGGAAAGCCCUCUCUUUGUAUCCGACUAUGAGUCGCUUCUUUGAUUUCCAGACCUGACUGGUUUCCAGGAUGUAACUGUCUAUUUUUUCGAUUAAUAUAUGAUAUCUUUUGGCAAAAAAAAAAAGUUUGUAGCAAGGUAAAAUAUAUAUUUUGUGGAAAAUUAGCCGAAUGAAUGUUUCUUUUAACAUUGGGUAUAGUUCCAAACUAAACAGUCCAAAACGACCUGCUCUUAAAUUUAUUAUUAUCCAGUGAAAGCCAAGAUUCAACUCAGAAUUGACAUUAAUCAUGGUACCACGCAGUUUCGUUUCAUUAGGAGACAGGAGUAGUAGAACUAGCUAGCAUCGAAUAUUUCACUACUGUACUUGUAUGGAAACAUUCAUUCGGCUAUAAUUGGAUGUAACUUUUUUUUUUGUGCAUUUGUCGUGUUUUCCUAAUUAGAUGGCCGGGGACGGCUGACAAAUGAAAAUUUCACAUCCUAAUCAAGAAUAAACCGUUAUUAAUUAAGUAUUAUCACAAAUUGUAAUUAGGUAUAUAUGCUUGCAACAAAAAAAAAAACAGCCGGCUCUUCCAAAACCUGUUCAAUAAACUACAUCAGUCACG